AUGGGUUCGACUAAUCUGGAAGUAGAGCAAAAGGUCCUCGCCGAUGCUCCUGUGGCCGCAGACGAGGAAAAUAUAAACGGCUCUGCGACUGAGUCACCGACUGAGACUCCGAAAGAUGAGUUCAAAUUCGACCAGGGCCUUGUCGCAUGGCUCCAGGUCCUUGGGUCCUUCUUCCUCUUCUUUAAUUCAUGGGGUGUGAUUAACACAUGGGGUGCUUAUCAAACAUACUAUGAAUCGAAUAUACUUUCCGGAACAUCGUCGUCUACCAUUGCCUGGAUUGGCUCUCUCCAGUCGUUCCUUCUGAUGCUCGUCGGAGUCAUCACCGGCCCACUGUUCGAUGCGGGCUAUUUCCGAGUAUUAAUCGGUGGCGCCAAUAUCAUGCUUCCCUUUGGUCUCAUGAUGACCAGUCUUGCCACCAAAUACUGGCAAUUAAUUCUUGCACAAGGUGUUGUCGUUGGUAUUGCAGCAGGAUGUCUGUUCGUGCCAUCGGUGGCCCUCUUACCGCAGUAUUUUCGAGAAAAGAGAGGUUUCGCCAACGGCCUGGCCGCCAGCGGUAGCAGUAUUGGCGGUGUCGUAUACCCCAUCAUGUUCGACCAGUUGGAAAAGAAGGUUGGCUUUGCUUGGGCCACCCGGGCCAUCGGUUUUCUCACUUUUGGAACCAUUUUCAUCUCGUUCAGCAUCAUGCGCAUUCGUAUUCCACCCAGAGAGAAGCGCAAGCUGUACCAGCUUUCCGCUUUCAAAGAUCCGGGUUACUGCAUCUUCUGUGCCGCCAUGUUCCUGGGCUUCCUCGGAUUCUACAACUUCCUCUUCUACGUCCAGUCUUACGCCAUUGACACAGGUAUCGUGGAUGAAAACCUAGGAUUUUAUCUACUGUCCAUGCUGAACGCAGCCUCAACCUUUGGCCGUAUUGGACCGAAUUUCAUUGCUGACCAUACUGGUCCACUGAACAUGCUCACCCCGGCGGUGACCAUCACUUCAAUCCUGGCCUUUGUUUGGAUCCGCGUACACACGGUUCCCGGUAUCAUCAUCCUUUCCGUCUUUUAUGGUUUCUUCUCUGGUGGAUUUGUGUCGAUGCCCCCGGUUGUCAUGGCGUAUAUGACUCCUGAUGUGCGUGAUCUCGGCACUCGUCUUGGUCAAGUCUUUGCCGUUACCUCGAUCGGUCUACUGAUCGGUACUCCCAUUGGUGGCGCUAUUCUUAGCAGCACUGGUGGUUACCUCGGCGUGCAGCUCUUUACAGCCUGCUGCCUUAUUUCCUCUGCGGUCCUUAUGGCGACCCUGAGAUUGGUGCGGUCAGGCCCACACUUGAUUGCCAAGACUUGA